AUGGGGGUCACUCAGACAAGUGAAUCCUUACAGCUCCCUCCAAUCGAAGAUCCAAGCAACAUCCAGGCUCUACUAAAUGAAUAUGGAUUGGAAUUCACCCCAAAUGGAGAGUCAAUUCGCUGGUCCGUAGGGAAUAAAAGACAUCCGCGCAAUUGGCCGGCGUCUCGCAAGAUCUACGACACAGGCCUGGUCAUCUUCCUGGAUCUAUUCACGACAUCUGUUAGUACGGCCGGCAGUUCAGCGGCCGAUCAUGCUCGUCAUGAAUUUAGCAUUGGGAAAACACUGGCUAUUUUUCUCUUUGUCUCGCUUUCUUUACUCGGCCAAAUGUUUGGCGGUAUCAUAUUCCCGGCUUGGUCAGAGGCUUUUGGUCGCAAGAAGCUCUACAUUGUCAGCACCGGUUUAUACAGCGUCUUCUGUCUGAUCGUCGGCAUUGUUCCAUCUUUGGCGGCUGUUAUUGUUGGUCGCUUUUUGGCCGGGUUUCUCUCUGCAAUUCCGGCUAUCGUUGUCGCGGGGAGUAUUGAGGAUAUGUACAACUCGAAGGAUAGGGUAUGGCUCAUUUUCUUGUGGGCUAUUGUGGCAAAUAUGGGUCUUGCUUUGGGGCCUAUUAUGAGUAUCUACAUCACUGUUUCUCUGAACUGGAGAUGGGUAUUUCGAAUUUCUGCCGUCGUUACGGCGAUGGUUACGGUUCUCCUAUUCGGCAUCAAAGAAUCCCGGCCAUCGUCGGUCUUGGAAAUGGAGGUCGCAAAGAUCCGCAAGGAAAGUGGAAUUGAUAGUCUGAAAGCAUUGAACCCAGAUCACACCCCCGAUCUGAUGACAUUCGUCCGCAUCGGUCUCUUCCGACCCAUCCAACUCUUCUUCACAGAACCCAUCGUUUUCAUGGUGGCGAUGAUGAGCGCAGUGGCAUUUGCCCUGAUUUAUCUCUUCACUGAAGCCUUACCACCCAUUUAUGUCUCAAUGGGAUUCUCAGCUACAUCCUCUUACCUCCCCUUCAUCGCCAUCUGCGUGGGUCUCCUAUCCGGAAUGCUUACACGCAUUCAAGAUAUCCGCAUUAUCCAGAAAUACAAAGAGCAAGGCAUCCCUCUCGAGCCAGAGCACAAACUCCUUGGGUUUUCUAUCGGCGCUCCAAUUCUAGCUGGUGGUCUAUGGUGGUUCGCAUGGACGAUUCCGCCCUUAGUGACCAAUGUUCACUGGUUAGUCUCUGCGGCCGCGCUCGUACUAAUUGGGUAUGCUGUGAAUGAAUUCGACUCGGUGCUUGCGGGAUACCUGGCCGAUAGUUAUAUGGGGUAUGCGGCAAGUGGCUUCGCGGCGGUUCAGCUUCUUCGUUCGUCGAUGUCGGCUGUUUUCCCGCUAUUCGCGACUGAGAUGUUUGACGGGCUGGGUGCUAAUGUUGCAGCCUCGAUUUUGGCUGCGUUUGCGACGCUGUUUUGUAUUAUUCCGCCUCUUUUUACGAGAUAUGGGAAGCGGAUUCGUUCGCGGAGUACAUUUGCCAAGUAUAGCUUGCAGGUGUACCGCGAGAAUGGCAUUGAUAAGAAUGGUUAUUGA